AUCACCAAGGGCCGGGGUUAAUGCUUCCGCUGCACUAACACAGGUUUGUCUUGUGUAAUGAUGCUGAAUGUGGGGGAGGUGAAGUGAGAUUGGUCUGUAAUCUGGGUACAGGAGAAUCCAGAUGAACCAAUACCGCAAAUCAACAUUUGAUUUUAAAAAAAUCAGCUUUAGAAGCGGUUUAUUAUUAUUACUCAUCAGGAGUGAUCUUUCCUCCUGUAACAUUUUACGCAGACGGUUUGAUAAGUCGAGGGACAAAUAUGAAGGAUAUUGAGUUAAGAGGCAUGUUUUCUGCGCAUAUUAUUCUCAUUCUCUCUGUCGUGCUUUCUACCUUGGUUCCUCCUUUAUUUUUGGAUGACUUUUCGAUCAUUGGAACCCACCUGCUGUGGUUGUGUGUUAGCUCUGCCACUGUUGCUGCUGUUACCAUUGUUUUGUUUUCAUUGCUGGAAACGAAUACUACCUCGAGCAAAAAGAAUUCCUCCACUAACAAGGUCACUAAGAUCGUCAGGUCCUGUUUGUUGUUCUUUACUUCCUGCGUAAUAUUUCAUGGAAUUAUCGUUUUAUAUGGAGCACCGCUACUACUGUCCUUUAGGGAGACUUUUUUGUUUGCAGUUCUACUAUCUACCUUUACAACACUUCGUUGUGUAUGUAUUCUCGGACCUAAUGUACAGGCAUGGAUACGUGUCUUCAGUAAGAAUGGGGCUAUGUCUAUCUGGGAUACCAGCCUUCAGAUCACCACAAUUUGCAGUUUGUUUGGAGCUUGGCUUGGUGCAAUUCCUAUUCCGUUGGACUGGGACAGGCCUUGGCAGGUGUGGCCAAUUUCCUGUACACUUGGAGCAACACUUGGAUUCGCUAUCAGUCUUGUCGUCGCACCAUUAUGGAUAUACUGGCACAAGAAACACCUCACGUACAAAUGCAGAUGAUUUCAGCAGUUGUUGAGAAUGCUGUAAUGUGUUUGGUUAAACCAACUCCAUUCUGAACUGUGCAGAACCACAUGUGGGUAUUUGGCAUCUCUCCAAGGCUAUAUUUUGUAGAAUAAAAAUGUUUACUUUUCUUGAACACUUGUGUUCCAGAACAGUUUGUUGCAUGCCUCAGAUGAUUUGCUUCCUAAAUUAAAAUGAGGAAAAAAUUGUAGCUUUUGCAAGUGAAACAACCCCUGAGAAUCUUAACAUUGUACUUUCCAGGGAAAUAAAUUCCUCCAUAUGACAUCAA